AGCAGAAAAGUGUUUUGUUGUGAGCCUUAUGUUUGGAACUGCAUACGUGCACGAAUUGGCAGCAAGGAACGGGAGAGAACAAGUCAGCUUAUUUCUUGUUGCCUUCUUUUUCUUCGAAUCAAACCCGUCAACUCAAAAGUUUCGCGCAUGAUUUUAUAUAGUUCACGGGACAUCUGGUUUCAACUCACGAGGCCUUUAAAGGGGUCUUUGCUUUUUGGUUAGAAGUUUUGAACUUGAAAACAAAUGUGCCUUCUCAUCAAUAAAUAAAUAAAGAGAAUAAAAAGGCAAGUUGAUCAAAGAGAGGAAUGGAGGAGAUGAGAGGGGCUCGACAAGGUGGGAGUAGUCUUGUGAAGGAGUUCUCACCUGCCUACUAUGGGCUUUGUGCCGUUGGAGGCAUGCUCAGCGCCGGUACCACUCACCUUGCUAUCACUCCUCUUGAUGUUUUAAAAGUCAAUAUGCAGGCGAAUCCAAUCAAGUAUAACAGUAUUUUGUCAGGGUUCUCUACCCUCUUGAAAGAACAAGGCCCUUCUUCCCUUUGGAGAGGCUGGUCUGGCAAGCUCUUUGGAUAUGGUGUUCAAGGUGGCUGCAAAUUUGGCCUUUACGAAUACUUUAAGAGGCUUUACUCAGAUGUCUUGAUGGAUCAAAACAGGAAUUUCGUAUUCUUUCUCAGCAGUGCAUCUGCUCAAGUAUUUGCCGACGUGGCUCUUUGUCCAUUUGAAGCUGUAAAAGUUCGUGUCCAAACACAGCCUACAUUUGCCAAUGGCUUGGCUGAUGGGUUUCCAAAACUCUAUAAAGCUGAAGGUCUCACUGGUUUUUACCGAGGACUUGUCCCACUUUGGGGCCGCAACCUUCCAUUCUCAAUGGUAAUGUUUACAACAUUUGAGCAGUCAGUUGACCUAAUAUAUCGCAACAUUAUUCAACGGAGAAAAGAAGACUGCUCCAGAAGUCAACAGCUUGGAGUGACAUGUUUGGCUGGCUAUGUAGCUGGAGCUGUUGGUACUGUGAUUUCUAAUCCAGCUGACAAUGUUGUUACCUCUCUUUACAAUAAAAAGGCUGAGAAUGUGCUUCAGGCUGUGAAAAAUAUUGGACUAGCUAACCUUUUCACUCGAAGUCUUCCUAUUCGGAUUGCAAUCGUGGGGCCUGUUGUUACUUUGCAGUGGUUCUUCUAUGACACCAUCAAAGUAUCAAGUGGACUGCCUACCACUGGAGGGCUUGGCAGACAUCAGGAAGCCACCGAUCUGUUAGCUUAAAAGUCGGGGAAGUCUCCAUGCUUAGAGGAGAAACCCACGAAAGCUUAAGAACUUGAGAGAAAAAGAAGAAAGAUAAGGUCGUGCAUGCCUCGAUCUAAACCCAGCUGAGAGGUGACUGUCCUAUCGUCUGGAAGACGGUGGUAGAUGGAUGAUGAUGUCAGAAAAAUGAUGCUUGCACCAGAUGGGCCUUACCUAGUUAGCCAGGAUUGUUUGAUUGACGUGCUCAACUUGGCCAACUAGGAUGCAAUGUGCCAAUUUCCCAUUUACCAUCACCUCCUCCCCAGUUGACCAUCCCUCAAAGCAGUUGGAAUUCAACCUUUCUGCUUAAUAAUUUCCAAAUGGCUGGCCAGUCACUCGUUCACACUGACCAUGCCAAGCUGGAGGAGAAAAGAUGAGAAAUUUUGGAAUAACAAUCUCUUUUACUUUGACAAAAUGAUGGCUUCAAGUGAUGGGUGUCCAAAUCCUAAAUACGAGUACUAACUACUAGUAGAUACAAUCAUCACGUUGAUAACUUUGUGUAAAUCUUUUAUUUAAAGUUCCAAGUUCUGACCA